AUGGAGUUGAAUUUUCGAAGACUACGACGUUUCCCCGAUGGACAACUGAGUCCAGAGCACCAGUCCAAACUUUCGAGCACCCUUCAGAUAUCCCGGGGUCUCGGCGAUGCUGAGAAAUUAUUCCGCCAGACUUUUCCGCCACAGGUAUCCGUUAUGCGUAAUUGUCAGCUGCAUGUGGUGCAACAAUACGGUACUUUCUUGGACAAAGAUGGAACAUUUCAAACCCAUAAGCCUACCGAAAGUCAUCACAUCGCAAAACGGUUACGUGGCGGCAUGCGGUCAACAAAAUCGGAUUUCAUUGCCCAUCGUCUCACAUGCGGCGUCUACUACCCAACGCUCAUCUUGGAAGAGCUCAGUUUCAAGGUUGUGCGUGUUUGUGGCAUGUACGCAAUUUCAGAUGACGCUCGCGUCGAACACGUGAUCGACUCAUAUCAUGCCAGUGACGCACGAUUACGGGAUGAACGGAACAUCCGUCACCGACUGAGCCGAUCUCUAUUCGUGGAGUUAGAUUGGAAACGUGGGAAUGACGCAAUGUCAUUAGAGGGACCUAUCCGAACAAAAGAUGGAGGAACUAUAUUGGUGGCUUCGUAA